AUGGAGGCGGUGGACCCGGAGGUGGAUUUGGCGGUAGUAGCGGCGGCGGCGGUGGCGGUGGAUACAGGAGGAGGCAGCGGAGGAGGAAGCGGCGGUGGCAGUGUAGUUUCUGGAAUUCUUGUUGGCAGUGGAACUCUCUCGGGUGGAGGCGGCGGUGGUGGCUACGGAGGUGGAAGCGGAGGUGGUUUUAGUGGAGGAAGUGGAGGCGGUUUUGGAGGUAGUCAUGGAGGUGGAAGCGGAGGCGGAAGCGGAGGCGGAAGCGGAGGCAGCAGCGGAUACGGAGGAUAA